CGACAAAGCGCGACGGUCAAAUUUCGUCUUCUCCAUCUUCUUCUUCUCCUUCUUCAACCUCUCGUCAGCAUCUUCUCUUCUUCGUCUUCUUCCCUCUGCAAAUUCUCUCUCUCUCUCUCUCUCUAGAAAGGAUUACGAUCUGCCCAAUCAGCAAUCGCCUGCUUCGCGGUCCUCUCCCUCAUGGCUUCCACCGCGAAGCACAAUCAUCCCUCCUCUUCAAAACCCCUCAAAAACCCUAAUUUCCCCCAACCGGACCCCCAAAACCCGAGCCUCCACGCCGUCGCCUCCACCAGCGCGGCCGCCGGCAACCCCCUCGCCCCGGCCCACGAGGACCUAAUCCUAUCCCGCGCCUCCCACCUCACCCGCCCUGAGGUCCUGAGGCGGCGGUCUCGCCGGCUCAAGCAGCUCUCCAGGUGCUACCGAGACCACUACUGGGCUCUCAUGGAGGAGCUCAAGGUCCAGUACAGGGAUUACUACUGGAAGUACGGGGUCAGCCCCUUCAGGGAAGAGAACCAGCGGAUGGAGGUGGACGGGUCGGAGCGGGACGCGCCGAAUGGGGAAGGUAUCGGAGAGAAUGUCGGGAACAGUGUCGUGAAUAGGAGUGAGUUGGAAGCCAAGGGCAACAAUUAUAGGUGCGUGUUCGUUGGGUGUAAGUUGAAGGCCAUGCCUUUGACGAGCUUUUGCCAUUUGCAUAUAUUGUCUGAUUCCAAACAGAAGCUCUACAAGGCUUGCGGCUAUGUCAUCAAAAGUGCUCAGGCGGGACCAAUUACAUGUGGGAAGCCAAUACUGAGAUCUACUGUUCCUUCUCUUUGUACCAUCCAUUUCCAGAAAGCUCAAAAGCACGUCACUCGGGCCUUGAAGAAGGCGGGGCUUAAUGUUACUUCAUCGAGUAAACUUGCUCCAAAAUUCCAUGUCAUAGUGGCAGAAUAUGUGCGGCAAAUUCAAGCCAAAAGAAGGGCUGCACAAACGGUCAAUACUAGUGAAGUUGUGGUUAAGGAAGAAACCAUGAGCUGAGUCUCCAAUGCCAGUAACUGUAAAUCAGGAAUUGUUGCGUGAGUGGAAUUGUUGUAGGUGCAAAACAAAUCUAAGGUAAGAUGGCGCAAAAUAGAUACUUUGACACUGUAUAGACUUGUGAGUUAUUUAGGCCAUUAUUUGUGUCUGCAUACUCAAUAGACCGGUUCUGCUGUGUAUGUUCUGUUAACCAUUUUUUAUUUCUGAACAUGGUUCCGGGAAUAGGAAAUGCGGCCGUCAUGUGUAUCCAAAUUUGCUUUACAUAGCUAGAACAAUGAGUACAGACAUAACAUUUGUCAAAGGAGAAUAUGCUUUUCCCUAUGUUUUCUUGUGUACUUGCUGUUAAUUGUUUGUA